GUUUGCUCAACUUUGAAUGUACUUGUUGUUCAUUCCAACUAGGUAAGGCACUAGACUAGGAAAACCAGCGGAGUUACCCAAUUGCCCUGUGAGGAUCUUUGGAGACUUCGGGAGUCUAAAGGUUCGUUCUCUUGGCCAAGUAGAUUUCUCAGCGCAUCUAAGAAACUAACUUGGCAUGAAUAUUGGGCGGGAAAAUUACGAUAUUUUCUGCUCCCCGGUAUGGCUCGUCUGUCGCUUUUCUGUGCAACUACCCUCGCUUAUAGCAUACGUUCAUCUUAGCGGAGUUCUACACUAUAUAUAUAUAUAUCCGCGUUGUAGAACACGGAAAAAAAGAUGACCCGAGCUUGGAGUUGACUGACCUAGCACGGACGUAUUUGAUAUACAUUCAAACGAAUCUUUCUGUGCCCUUUGAACUUAAAAAUAGGUGUUGCUCAGUGCCUAUCAAGCUAAAGUCGGCUAUGCGAGGCGAUACAUAGCGGAUCCAGCUCAGUGCGAG